AUGCGCCUUGCGAUCGAACUUGGCCGCAUGGCUGCUUUGAACGGUAAUCUUCCUGUGGGAAUGGUUAUAUUGGAUAAGAAUGGCAAUAUUAUGGGGGAGUGUGGAGACAACAGAAAGAAUAUGUUUCUGGACCAUUGCUGUUUUGCCGGAAUCCGCAAUCAAAGCGAAAGAAUGAACAUGCAGCUAGGCAGAAAGCGAGCUUCGAAAGAAGAUCCCUAUCUCUGCACUGACUAUGAUAUUAUUAUUACCCGCGAGCCCUGUAUCAUGUGUGGAAUGUGCUUGCUGCACAGCCGUGUCCGUCGAGUGAUUUAUGGGUGUGAUGAUCGGAAUGGCUGUUUCAAUUCGCAUAUUCAUCUGCAUUACAAAGAACCGCUAAAUCACCAUUUCCGUGUAUUUCGAGGAGUGAUGGAGGCACAGUGUCGUCAGCUGUGGAAUCAGAAGGGCGAUAACUUGGACUAUUUUGUUUAA